CGCAAACAGAGGUGGUAGGGAACGUCCCUGUUCGCGCAUUGAAGAGAAGAGGACGGCGUCUGAACGGCAAGCGACUCUUUCGGAGGAGAUAGUGGCUAUUUUUUUCUCUCCGCUUAAACAACAACAACAACUAAUAUUACGAUUUAUCCUGAGAGUCGUCAAACUACAGCGAUCGAAACGUGGGGGGGAACGAGGGAUUUUAUCCGCAAGUUUUUUUUCUUUUCCAUUUUUUUUCUUUUCAUAAAGAAGGAUUGUGUGUUGGUUUGUUUGCAAUCGCGACGCAAAGAUGAUGGUCGGGGAGAUCGAAGUGAAGGAGAGACCGAGGCCGAGUCCCGACUAUUUGAUGCAGUUACUGAACGAGAAGAAGCUCAUGACGAGUUUGCCCAACCUGUGCGGUAUCUUUACACACCUUGAACGGCUUCUUGAUGAAGAGAUCAACAGAGUGCGUAAGGACAUGUAUAAUGACACCGUGAACGGGAUGACCGAUAAGCACCCGCUGGAGCUGCCUGACCCCAUGGGCCCCAUCGUCCACCUACAGGAGAAACUCUUUGUGCCCGUCAAAGAAUACCCCGAUUACAACUUUGUGGGAAGGAUCCUGGGUCCUCGUGGCUUGACCGCCAAGCAGCUGGAAGCGGAGACCGGCUGCAAGAUCAUGGUGCGGGGCAAGAGCUCCAUGCGGGACAAGAAGAAGGAGGAGCAGAACAGAGGCAAGCCUAACUGGGAGCACCUGAAUGAGGAUCUGCAUGUGCUCAUCACAGUGGAGGACACACAGACUCGCGCCGAGAUCAAGAUGAGGAGAGCCGUCGAGGAGGUUAAGAAGCUCCUGGUGCCCGCGGCGGAAGGGGAGGACAACCUGAAGAAGAUGCAGCUGAUGGAGCUGGCUAUUCUUAACGGAACAUACAGAGACACCAACAUCAAAACACCUCCCCUUGCAUUCUCUCUUGCAGCGGCGGCAGCGGCGGCCCAGGGCCCUCGCCUCAUCGCGGCGCCCCCAGGCCAAGUGCUGCCCCCAUCAGCCCUGCGUCCUCCGCCCUCACCAGCCGGCGCCCCCCAAAUCAUGAACCUCAUCCGGCCCACGCAGAUGACUGCAGCCAUGCUGCCUAACGGCACCCCGACCCUGGUGCCCCCUGGCCCUGAUGCGGGCAUCAUCUACACCACCUCCCCCUACGACUACCCGUACACGCUGGCACCCACCUCACUGCUGGAGUACCCCAUGGAGCCUGGCGGCAUGCUAGGUAAGCGGCCGUGGGGGCUGGGCUUUGGCUUUGGGGCGCCAGGGGCCUACCCUGCUCAUCAGCAGGACGGCGGUCUCCUGUACACGGGCGGGGCGGGCCUGCUGGACGUUGCGGGGGUCAGUGCCCAGCAGGAGGCACUCAAAGGUGCAAUGGCAACUAAAGUGAGACGGCAUGAUACGCGAGUCCAUCCUUACCAAAGGAUUGUGACCGCUGACAGAGCCGCCACCGGCAACUAACACAUGACCUCUGAACUCUUCACCCAAUGACGAGCCGCCCUGCCCCAAGCCCCGCCCCAAGCCUGCCUGCUGACGUGUUAACUGGUAAUUGCCUUUGUUGCUAGCCUCUCGGAUGCUGGGAGGGAAGGCGCCUGCCCGUACAGUUAUCCUAACAUUGUUUCUGUUUUUAUUUUUUUUAUCAUUAUUUUUUCUAUGUAAAGAAACACAAAAGACUACCAACAACCCAGAUUAUAACAACAACUACAACACACUACACAAUCCAGCUUUAUGGUUGUGUAAUUUAUUUUGCUUUUGACUCUUUGUUCUGUUCUGUUUAGUUGUGUUUGAAUCACCCUUAUUUUGUUUAGUUUUUUUGUGUGUGUGUGCGCAGUUCUUUCUUUUUCUUUUGGAAAUCAUUGAAAAUUGGGUGGACGCAUGCACGGUUCCCCAAGAAUCUGCACUGAAUUAAAAAGCAAUAAAGCAUCCCGUCCCCAUGUUUCCUAGACUGGACACACAAUUAGAGACACACACAUAUGUAUACACAGAAACAGUUACAUCGUAAACCCUGAUUGGUAAUCUCACUCACACUUUACUUGGUUGAAGCUGAAGGGGGAGGCUCUCUUACAGUAAACAUGAUCUCAUCCAGAAUUUGUAUGUGAAUUCCACAGAACAAUUCACCCCCUCACCUCUCUCUCUCUCUUUUAAGAGGUCUGAAAGGGGGACAAAAAACACAAAACAAAAAGAAAAAGAAGGAAGGAAGGAACUCACACUCACACCAAAUCUGUUGAUUUGUGUUCCCUUUGAUUUUCCCCUCUCUUUUUCUGUAUUGUUUUUAUUCUAUUUCAAUUCAUUUUUUUUUUUUUUUUAUUUCUUCCCCCUUUCUGACUUUUUAUCGAAAAUGUGCUGACACAUACUGGGUGUGCCUUUUGAACAGCUGUUUUUUUGUUUUGUUCUAAAAAAGCAUGGCUAUACUGAUGGACUGCAAAUGGAGCUUCUCACUUUUUUUCUUUUCCUCUCGUUUUCUUUUUUUUUACUUGAUUCCUCAUUUUAUUUUGUUCCAUUUCAUUUCUUCAUUGUCACUGGCCUCACUGACUAGUUGUAGCCAGGCAGUGUAAGGGCAAGAGAAUGAGCUAUAGAGGAAGAUAGAAGAAGAACUUCUUGUUGAGGAGUGGGUGGGGUUAACAAAGUGGCUCGGGAGGGGUUAAUCUAGGGUUUUCUUUUUUGUGAAGGGGGAGUGGCCAGGGUCAAGAUCUAUGCCUACAGCAUUUUGAUUGAGGUGGGAGAAGUUUGAGCUGUGCAUGAGGGAGUAGAUGAUGUAGCUAAUAACACUUCCUCCUAACCUUGGCCCCAUAAUCAGUGCCUGAUCUAAUUGACAAAAAAACAUCCACAAGCCUAAAUAGCAAAAUGGAGAAAAAAAAGUAUUGUGUGCGUAUAUAGCCAAAGGGUUUCUAGUUUAUAAAUAUACGUAAAUGCAUAUAUAUAUAUAUAAAAAAAGUUGUGUCCACAGCUUCUUGAUAGUCAGUCUCAAACUAAAGGCAGAUUAAAUUCUGGUUUGCCAUCAGGAUGAGUAUAGAUUACUGAACACUAAACAGGACUGUUAAUCUGCAGGGUGCGAUGGGGUGGGAUAAGGGAUUUGGGAGGCACUGCCCGACAAGUGAUUUGUACAUAACAUAACUUUUUAUUUUUUAUCUGAAUUUCCCCCUCUAUUUGUUGCUAUUUCACGACUUGCCAAAAAUAAUUAAGUCAUUGAAAAUCACCUCUUUGAGUUGCAUCUUACCAUCAAAGUUUGUUUGUUGAAGGGAAGCUUAAACUGCCUCCUUGAGACAUUUCCAAUCAAAGUAUUUCUCCUUUUUCUUUUAUUUUCAAUUUAACUCAUGUCUGCUCUCACUAUUUCUUUAGCCCUUUCCCAGCAUGCACCACUCCAUCUGUUCCGAGCUAGCCUAUCCAUAAUGUGUCUCGCACACCUCAGCACGCCAGUACUUAAGCUACUGUGCCCACCCAUGUUAUGUUGAACUCUCAAGAAAAAACAUAGGAUGCGAAAGCCAUGCCUGCCUGUUCCAAUUGCUUUAUACAUACCUGUUAUAUUAAUAUAAAUAUAUACAAAUGUAGAUAUGUCAUUACAUAUGAAAAUACAGAGGAGGAGAAAAAUUAGAUACUUUUACAGGGUGCUGGAGAAGAAAAUAUAUUUUUGCCAAUUUUAGCUUUUUAUACUUGCAGUUACAAAAAACAUAAAAUAAAUAAAAGGAAAAAAAAAUGGGUUCGAAAUGAUGGGGUUGAAGAUGCUUUGUAUCUCUGGAUAGUAUUGGCUAGAAAAAUAAUGACCAAAAUAGUCAUACCGGGGAAUGUCACGAAAAUCAGUGGGAGUGGGGAAAGAGAGAAAGGAGAGAGAGGGAUGCAUGUAAGAGGGGAAACUCGAGAGACAAAGUGCCUUACUAAGGGUGGUUUUCCUUUUUUCCCCCAAGUGUUACUGUUCUGUUGAGUAAUUUCCAGCACGGGCUAGGAAAGGCUCAGAGAGGAGUGUGCGUGUGUAUGUGUGUGUGCACGCAUGUGCUCGCGUCAGCCCCCGACCGUCUACGAGUUUAUUCUAUGCAAACAGACGAGCUGUCAUUUGACCAGCUGACUAUGUGCCAUGGUUUGUCUUCCCAAGUUUGAGCUGUUCUCUUUUCUUCCUUUGUUUUUUUCUGAUCCCUCUUUCAGCCAUGCGAACAAUAUAUAGGGAGACAUUUUUGUCUCAUUUUGGGUUUUGAUUGUUUAUUGUAUGUAUUUUUUUUUUGUCAUUUUGACUUUGAUGACGAUCUCUCGUUGUCUUUAUAUCUCUGGUUACUGUGACUAUGUCGAGAACAAACUGCCAAUAGCGAUGCAGAAGGCUGCCAGGUGUAGUUUUUAAAGGGGGGGCGGGAUGAAGUCAGUUAUCUGUGGGGGGUUGGGGGUUCGUGGAAGGGGAUGGAUACACAGGGAAAUAGACUGGAUAAACCUGGUUGUUUCAUAUACUGAGAACACAUUUGCUCUCUUUUUCAACAUUUGUGCCGAAAUAGCAUAUAAGCUGAAAGCAUUUUGUUUUAGGUUUUUUUUUUAUUCAUUUGCUCUUUCAAGAAAGCAAUUAUAUGAUGCCGGUUCAAAUUAAAGUCUGCACUAGAUGAGCUGGUUAAUAGAGAAAAAAAACCUAAAUCAGGUUGGAAAUCUUAAGUUUUUAAAGCCAAUUUUUAUCAGUGCCAAAUGUUCAGGGCAUUGUGCCCAUUUUACUGACAAAGACUAUGGUAAUUUAGUAGCUGAAGGCAUCUGAUACCUGACCACCCCUGUUCUUGGUAUGUGGAACCACCAUGGGUAUGUGGUAGACUAGAAGACUGGAGCGACAAACUGCGUUCCCCCUGGCAGCAGCUUCUGUCCUGGCUUUGCUUUUUAUCUCUUUAUCCCCAAUCACUGUCUUUUACAUGCUGUUACACACAAAGGUCAAUGCAUAUGUUGUUCAGUGUUAGGUGUUCUAUUGAAAAAAUAUUGAAAUAAAAAUAUAUAACUAUAUAAAUAUUAAAAACAAAGAAAUGCAAUACGAGAAAGGAGCUCGAGAAGACAACUCAGAAUAUGACAGUAUUAUGAGAAUUUCCCUCUGCAAUGUUUCAACAUGCUGUGUCCUUGUACAAGGUUGGGUUAGUCCAUCUGAUGUGUAGAGAACUUCAGUACUCUUCUUGGCCUGCCUACUACAUGUAUAAUAAUGUAAUUUACAACCAUUGUUACAGGUUUAUAAUGUAUUUUUCUAACUUCAUUUUAUAUGUAUAUUCUAAAUAUUUUUUUUCUGACUCCUCUUUUUUUGGAUGAAGCCCACUACAACUUUUUUUUUUUUCGCCCCCAUCUUCUCUUCCAGUGUUCUUCUCCAUCUCAGAGUCUGCCUCUUUGGGAGUUUUGCCUUUCCUAGAAUUACUUUUUGUUGUUUGUUUUGUUUUCUUGCCAAUUCCUAGCUUGUUUAACUCAUUAGCAAUUUGAUUAGUUUUCUUUGUCAUAAGUAUUUUUACAUGCUUGCAUUUAGUUUUCAUGGUGUAUGCAUUAUUUUUUCUUAUUAACCCCUUGGCAUUUAUUUUAAUAAAACAUUCUUAGUAAGAAUUUUA